ACGCGCUGCAGGCGACAAUGCAGGAUGCUGGGUCGAGCGCAGCGGCAGCGGCAGCUGGGCGGCGUAUGCAGCAAGCAGCAGAACGGGAUGCGCGAAGGGCGCCGCCUGGUCGGCUGGGAGGGUGAUAGGGUGGGAGGAGAGGUCGUUGGGACCGAGGAGGGUACCAGGAGCGGAAGAAGGCGCUGGCAAGGUCGCCUGUCAAGCAGCGUCGGUGCAGGCUGGGUGCGCCGGAGAUUGGGCCAGUGGUGGGGAACGAGUGGUGGUGCAGGGAUGGAUGGUGGUGUGUGCACCUACCCAGGUUGGCACCUACCGUCCAUCGACUUGGCAGUGUUGUCCGGCUGGGCUGAAAGAAGUGCCGCCAUUCGCGUCAAGCGGAAAGCGGAAAGCGGAAAGCGGACAAAUCGACAGCAAGGCUUGGGCGGAUGGAGUGGUCGAGUUGCAGCAGGAAGCGGGGCCACAGUGUCCGCAGCCAACGCCAGACGGCGAUUGGGACCAACCACCAGUCCUGCCAAGUUGGCGGCAGCCCAGCUCAUCAACGAGAUCUUUAGCAACUGGGCGAGACGCACACAUGAGCCGCACUCUCGGGCAGGGUCCACACGGCGUCGUGACACUGGACAGUGCUGGGUGUUCACGGUCAAGACCCUUUCGAGCACGACGCUCCCCGCCUGGAACCACCCUCCCGCGCCAACGCCAUGCACCACCACGCGUCCUGCUGCCUACUCCCCGGCCCCUCCUCCGGCCAACCGACCCUGGCACCCUGGCCCACGCCCUGCGCUGGACGUGGACGCUCCGAGGCUACUUCUUCUCCUCUCCCCUUGUAUAGGUAGGCACCAGGCCUAUUCGGGUCUAUACCUGCUGCCGUAUUCUUGA